AUGACUAGGCCCCGCUCCCCCACACAGUCCGAGAUCGAACACAUCCUCCAUGCGAACGAUAUUGAAUUCACCAACUUCAUCGACUACCACUUCUCCGUCUAUCCCACCUCCGAAGAUGAAGCCGAAAUCAAAGCCGCAUACAACAUCACCACCGCCGGCAAUGACAACACCACAUCAACUCCAGCGCCACCUUCCGGUGCCUCAGCCACUUCCACGGACACUUGGGUCGACCGCACAAUUUACAUGUACUUCCACCCCGUGGGUCAAAUCUGGCUGCCAUAUCCUCCAGAGGGGGUACCGCUGGCAGAAGAUCUGUAUGCCGUUGAGAAAUAUAGAGAAGGUAGGGACGGGGUUCAGAGCUCGAAGAAUCUUUUUGAUAGACUGGUAGACCUGGGGAUUCGGGCCCUGGUAAGUGCUAAGAGGCGGAGGUUUGAGACGAGGGGUGAAAGUGCGGGAGAGCCGAAGAGGGUAGGGAGGAAGUUGACAAAGAGGAGGCCAGAAGGUGGAGACGGGAGGACGAUGUGA